AUGAUUCAAGAGACUCUGCAAUCAGCUCUUCCAUGUGCUAUUUCUUCUGCUUUUUCUGUUGCCGGGUUAUCAUGUAAAGGAAUCAAAUGGUUUCUUGAUUCAGCUGCCUUUAAUCACAUGUCUGGACAAAAACAUGUUUUUUCAAAACUUAAACCUUAUCAUUUAAUACAAACCAUUGUUACUGCUAAUGGAAGAGAAUUACCAAUUGAAGGGAUUGGCACUAUAUGUCUGACCGAUAAAUCCAAAAAUUCUAUUUGUUUGCCCAAUGACCUUCGAACUGGUCAAGUGAUCAUGAAGGGGCAUAAACAAGGACGCUUGUUUCAUCUAGAUUUGGUAAAUGAAAAGAGUUUUCCAACAUAUCUUACAGUCUCAUUCUACACUUCAACUGCUAAUAAUACUUGGAAUCUAUGGCAUCGUCGUCUUGGUCAUCCGCAUGCUAGUAGUUGUGUUAUUGGAAAAUUUGCAAAGUUACCUUUUGCUUCCAGUACUACGGAAGUUAAUGAACCUUUUUAUCUUAUACACUGUGAUUUAUGGGGUCCUUCACUUGUUUUGUCAGACUUGGAUAUAAGAAUUGUAACUCAACAAUCUUGUCCUGGGACACCAGAACAGAAUGGAGUAGUAGAACAACAAAAUCGCCAUGUUGUGGAAAUUGCUAGAACUCUUUUACUUGAAUCUUGUGUUCCUCCUCAAUUUUUGGUCGAAGCAGUGCAUACUGCAGUUCAUCUUAUCAAUCGCCAAACCACUUCCACACUAGGAAAUCAGUCUCCAUAUUAUUCUCUUUAUCAUAAGUCUCCAGAUUAUUGGCAUCUUCGUAUCUUUGGUUGUGUGUGCUUUGUCUUGAUUUCUCCACAUGAACGAAAUAAGCUGACUGCAAAGGCUUCCAAAUGUGUUUUUCUUGGUUAUAGUAAUACUCCAAAAGGCUAUGUUUGUUAUGAUUUUCAAAAUAAAAGAAUGCGUGUCUCUCGUCAUGCAUCAGACCAAACAUGUUGGAGAAAAGCCAUGGAAGACGAACUUGAGGCAUUGGAUGAAAAUCAUACAUGGGAUUUAGUUCCUCAACCAUCAAACACUUCUGUGAUAGGAAGCAAAUGGGUUUAUACUAUUAAGGUUAAAGCUGAUGGUACCUUAGAUAGAUAUAAAGCUCGUUUAGUGGCCCAAGGCUAUAAAUAG